ACAACAAAACCAAAACUUGUCUUUCAUUUUUUCAGUAUUUUAAAAUAUUUUUUCCUGUGGACUUUGAAUAAAUUAAAUUUAAAUAAAAACAAAAAUGAAUACCGAACAGGAAUACACCAGAGAAGAACUAGCACAAAUGCUUACAGAUAGCGCCCAUAGAUUAUGGAACCAAUUCAAGACAGCCGGGAGCAGACUGCUCAACGAUUGGGGUGGCUAUGAUUUGAUUGACAAAACUGCCCGACUAGCAACCCAAUAUCCAUUUGCUGCUUUGAGUGUUAUGUUAGGUUUUCUUGUCAUAUUUCUUCCAUUUACAAUUCUCUUGGCCUUCGGAUUGUCCACAAUGGCAAUAACAUUUACAGGUUUUAUGCUUCUUGAAGGAACCCUUCUAACAAUAGCAUCAAUCCUCUUAUUUGGUUGUUUGGGAGCAAUUCUUUUAGUAUUUUUAUUCUUUGGCAUUCUUACAUUGAUUGGAUAUUUUGGAUUUGCUCACAUUUACGAUUUGUACAACAAAUCGAAUGAUCGAAGUGCUUUGAGGCAGUUUUUACGCCGUGAACGAACCGAAACUGAGCAAUCUCGAUAAAUAAUCAACCAAAACGACUGCCACAAAUCUUGCUUCACAUCACAGACCUCGAAGUCGUAACUAAUCAAUCACAUCACUCUCAUUUUUCUUGGGGUUUUUCUCGCUUUUUUUAACGAAAGGACUUUAUGUAGAACCAAAAGUAUUUUAUUUCAUUUUUAAGUUUAGUUGAGUUUUAGGGUAAAAUUAAAAUUAGCUUCGCGGUGAUGUCUUAAAUUAUAAAAAGAAAUAUAUUGUUUUUUUUUUAGAAUUUAAAUUAUGUUUGUAGUAUUUUUAAGUUAACCGAA